GCGAUUUUUCUCGUUUUUUUUUUUUUUCCUGCACUCAUAAAAAAGACGUGUGUUCCAGUUUUUUUAACCUUUUUCCCUCACUUCUUCUUAUUUUUCCCUUUUCAUCCUUCCGAAAAGCAUAUCAACAGCAACCAUGUAUGUCAUAAAGAGAGACGGUACCCAAGAGAAGGUCUUCUUUGAUAAAAUCAGUUCUCGUAUCAAUAUCUUAUGUGAAGGUCUUGACCAAAACUUUGUCGACCCUCCUAAGAUUGCCCAAAAGGUCGUUUCUGCUAUGUAUCCGGGUAUUACUACAGUCCAGUUAGAUGACUUGGCUGCUGGAAUUGCUGUUGACAUGACCGACAUUCAUCCUGACUAUGCUAUUUUGGCUGCUCGUAUCUCUGUUUCCAACCUUCAAAAGGAAACUCACGACAGAUUCUCUGAAGUCAUGCAGGAACUGUAUGACAAUGUGCAUCCCCAGACCAAAGAACCCAACCCUUUGAUUUCGAAAGAAUUCCUGGAAUUAGUAAAGAAGCAUGCGGACAAGAUUGACGCCGCCAUUGAUUACCAACGUGAUUUCGAUUUCAACUACUUUGGUUUCAAGACACUUGAAGAAAAUUAUCUCAAGAGGAUUGGUGACAAGGUUGUCGAACGUCCUCAACACAUGAUGAUGCGUGUCGCACUCGCUAUCCACGGUGAAGACCUCGAAGCUGCUUUCAAGACGUACGAUUAUACAUCAAGAAAGCUUUAUACACACGCUGCUGCUACUCUUUUGAAUGCUGGUACUGCCAACGGACAACUUUCCAGUGACUUCCAUGUUCAAAUGAAGGAAGACAGUAUUGAAGGUAUUUACGAUACAGUUGCUACCUGCGCUCGUCUUUCCAAGGCCUCUGGUACUAUUGGUAUGAGUUUCCAAAAGAUCCGUGCUUCAGGCUCCUACAUUGCUGGUACCAAUGGUACAUCCAAUGGUAUUAUUCCUAUGUUGAAGGUAUUCAAUGAUGCUGCUCGUUAUAUCACUCCAGGCGCGAAGAAAAUCAAGGGUAUGUAUACAGUCUAUGUCGAACCUUGGCAUGCCGAUAUUUUCGAAUACAUCGAUUUGGCAAAGUUGACAGGUGAAGAGAAUCUUCGUGCACGUCAUUUGAACAUCGCCCUUUGGAUUCCUGAUCUUUUCAUGAAGCGUGUCGAACAAAAUGGUGAAUGGUCAUUGAUGUGUCCUAAUGAAUGUCCUGGCCUUGACACUAGCUAUGGUAAGGAAUUCGAGGAACUCUAUGUCAAAUAUGAAAAGGCCGGUAAAGCCAGAAAGACUGUAUCUGCUCAAAAGCUCUGGUUCAGUAUUUUGGAUUCUCAUAUUGAAGCCGGUAUGCCCUUCAUGUGUUAUAAGGAUGCUGUCAAUGAAAAGAGCAACCAAAAGAACGUGGGUGUUAUUUCAGGCUCCACUCGCCAUGCUAACAUUAUGCAAUACGCUGAUGGCGAUGAAAUCAGCUCUGCUAACAUUGCCUCUAUUGCACUUCCCAAAUGUGUGGAUGCUAAAACUCGUAUUUUCAACUUUGAGACGCUUCAUGAUAUUGUCAAAGUCGCCGUGAAGAACUUGGAUAAAAUGAUUGACGUCAAUAACUAUGUUUUUGAAGAAGCCAAGGUGGGUGCUCUUAAGCACAGAGGCAUUGGUCUCGGUGUGCAAGGUUUGGCUGACGUCUUCUUGAUGAUGCGCCAUCCCUAUGACUCUCCCGAAGCGCGUCAACUCAACAAGGAUAUCUUUGAAGCGAUUUAUUAUGCUGCUCUUGAAGCUUCUAAUGAAUUAGCCAAGGAAGCAGGAGCCCCUUAUCCUUCUUACGAAGGCUCUCCUAUGAGCCAAGGCAUUUUGCAACACGAUUUAUGGAAUGUGAAGGGCUCUGACCGUUUCGAUUGGGACACUCUCCGCUCCAACAUCAAAUCACACGGUGUUCGCAACUCUGUCCUUAUUUCUCUUAUGCCUACUACUACGACUAGCCAAUUCCUCGGUAAUAACAACAGUAUCGAACCCUAUCAAAGUAUGAUCUUCACUCAAAGAUCCGCCAGCGGUGAAUGCCAAGCUGUCAAUCCCUAUUUGCUUAAGGACUUGAUUGAACGCGGCUUGUGGAGUGCCCAAGUCAAGGAUACUUUGGUCAGUUCCAACGGUAGUAUUCAAAAGCUCCCUUAUAUUUCCGACGACUUGAAGAAACUGUACAAGACAGUGUGGGAGCUUUCACAACGUGUUCUUAUUGAUUUGGCUGCUGACCGUGCUGCCUUUGUUGAUCAGUCUCAAACACUUAACCUGUUCGCUGCCGAUCCCAAUUAUAGCCGUCUCUCUUCCAUGCAUUUCUACACUUGGAAGAGAGGUUUGAAGACAGGUAUGCAGUUCCUCAGAGCGAAUGCUCUCGAAGCAAUGAGAAUGAAUAUGAAUGAUAAGAAGACCCCCAUUGAAGAUGAAGUGGAAAAGACAGCUGAACAAUUGGCUGCUAUUGCUUGUUCACUUGAAAACCCUGAAGCUUGUGUCAGCUGCAGUGGUUAAUUGUAAAUUAUCUUUUUUAUUUCAAACACCAUCAUUAUUUACAUCUUAUACUAUUGUAUUAUAAAAUAUCAUUCCCUUUCUCUCUCACUGUAAAAAAGAAAAAAGAAAAAAAAAAGAUUCAUAUAGGCUUUAUAGACUUCAUGCAUACAAUAAAGAAAAUUGAAAGAAAAAAAA